CACUCUAUUGGAUGCAAACAUUGUUAUGCGGUAUUUGUGCUGUACAAAACCAGCACGAGUUCAAAAGAGGGAGCAGCAAUUUGGGGAUACCCGAUAACAUUUUGUUCGUGUCAGUAAUUAAUCGGAAGAUUUGUUUUGUAAUACUUGUUACGGUUUGUUUCCGCAAUGAAGUUUGUGAGGUUUCUAAUGAAAAAUGCAGCUUUGGCCAAUGUGCCAAAACACAUUGAUCAUUUUUCCAAGUUUUCGCCUUCACCUCUGUCUAUGAAACAGUUCCUUGAUUUCGGUUCCACAAAUGCCUGUGAAAGAACCUCUUUUGCCUUCCUGAGACAAGAACUGCCUGUGCGUCUUUCCAACAUUAUGAAGGAGAUCAACUUGCUGCCAGACCGACUGCUGACCACCCCAUCAGUUCAGCUGGUGCAUAGCUGGUAUGUCCAGAGCUUGAUGGAAAUCCUUGAUUUCCUUGACAAAAGCCCAGAAGACCACAAAGUCCUGGGAGAGUUUGUGGACACAUUGGUGACCAUUAGGAACAGGCACAAUGACGUGGUGCCCACUAUGGCACAGGGCGUGAUUGAGUAUAAGGAGGCCUUUGGCCAGGACCCUGUCACUAGUCAGAACAUCCAGUACUUCCUGGACCGCUUCUACAUGAGCCGUAUCUCCAUCCGAAUGCUCAUCAAUCAGCAUACCCUGAUCUUUGAUGGAACUACAAACCCACUUCACCCCAACACCAUUGGGUGCAUUGACCCUCACUGUGAAGUCGCAGAAGUUGUCAGAGAUGCUUAUGAAAGUGCCAAACUGCUCUGUGACCAGUAUUACUUUGGCUCACCUGACCUGGAUCUUCAAGAAUUGAAUACCAACCAGAAGGGGCAACCCAUUCACAUGGUCUAUGUUCCCUCCCAUCUAUACCACGUGCUGUUUGAGCUAUUCAAGAAUGCUAUGAGGGCCACAAUUGAAAACCAUGAAGCAAGUAGCUUCCUUCCACCCAUUCAAGUCAUGGUUGCCAUUGGUGGAGAAGACCUGACAAUCAAGAUGAGUGAUCAGGGUGGUGGAGUCCCCUUCAGGAAGAUUGAGAGGCUCUUCAGCUACAUGUACUCAACCGCCCCUGCUCCGCAGAUGGACCACCACCAGAGGGCGCCACUGGCUGGGUUUGGCUACGGACUCCCAAUCUCACGCCUAUAUGCUCAGUACUUCCAAGGAGAUCUACAGCUGUACUCCAUGGAGGGCUAUGGCACUGACGCUGUCCUUCACAUGAAGGCUUUGUCAACAGAUUCAGUGGAGAAGCUGCCUGUCUACAACAAGACAGCACUGAGGCACUACAAAAUUAACCAAGAGGCUGAUGACUGGUGUAUGCCAAGCAAAGAGCCUCUGAAUCUGGCUAUCUACAGAUUUGCCAAGUGAGGGACCAUCAACACAAAUUGUGAAGUUCUUGUCUUGAAGAGGGCAAGCAAGAUGGAUCUUGCGUUUGGUUGAACUUAUGGAGAGGAGUCCAGAGAAGACAAAAGAACAUGAGAGACCAAUCUCAGUAGUAGCUGUUGGACUCUGUAGACCAUCUUGAUUGACAGUGAUUUAAAAUUUAGUGGACAAUUGUUUUCCACCAGGACUGACCCUGUCCCACCUGUUGUGUUUUUAGGUACCAAAAGGAAAUCUGAAUUGAGUUGAGUUGAACAAAAUUCACUCAUAGAUCACUGUUGUCAUGGGAAUUAAUGGAAUUCUUAUUGUAUCACCAUUCCCUCCAUAGAAGUUUGGAUGAGUGUGUAGUCUGGAUGGUGGUUGUGAAAGCACUGUCACCAGGGUCCAUAACAGGGGGUAUGUACCCAAUCACAGGCCUUUGUUUUUCAGGAAAGCAAUGAGGCGCAAGGGCCGAAUGAAGACCAAGAAGCAAUUGGUGGCCUUUGUAUGUUGACAUGUGGGAGCUGUGUAGAGAGGCUCAAAAUUCUGAAGUAUCGGUGUCGUGUCUAAGUGCCUUCUGGUGAUAUUAUGGAAGAGAAGUGGAAAAGAGGGAUGAGAGCAAGCCCUAAACUUAAUAUGUACUGUAAGAAGGACCCUGAAAUCAUUCAUUUGGAUUGCUAUCAUAUUACAGAUUAAGAUGGCAAGCUCUGGUCCUUUGACAGCCUUUGAUAAAGAUGAGCUGUAAAGCCAUUUUUAGGUAUCCUGUCCAGGAGUCUAAAGUCUGGAUUAUUAAUCUGUUUGGGCAUACUGAAAUUUUGUUAGUGUUACCACUUCCCAGUAUUUUUGAUUCAUUCAAAACUGACUGAAGUUGAGUUACAUAUAUGAAAUUGAGCAUACUAUAGUCAAGUAUAUGGGUCAUGUAUAACAUUUCCCAAACCUGUGACUGUGCAGCUCAUUUGAAAAACAGUCUCUUUGUCAUUAUAACCAACAAAUAUUUGCAUUAUUUUAAUGUGAUUGCUGUUAGUGAGUUGUCUGCUGUGCAGUCAACACAUCCUCUGUUGGUGAAUCUAUAUGGUCUCAGUAGACCUUCAGAUGGACCUUUCACAGUAGAGCUUUCACAUUAAUAUACUUGAUUGUCUUCAUUUGCAGUCAUCAGACAUAGGCUGUACCAGAGCCACAGGCACCUAUUUCUGUAGCAGGACUGCAAUCUGUCUUAGUAAUGUGAUUUUAAAAAUCUUCCAGAUAUAUGCCUGGGUCAUAUUGAAAAGUAGCAUAUUGGAUUCAGUCUAUUAUUGUGGCAUUUCAUGUAUGGUCAUGUGUGGACCUUACCAAACUGUUCAGAAAGUGUUAUGGAGUCGUUUUAAACCAAUGCAAUGCUUUGUUUCGGUCUGAUUUAAACUGCUUCAAUAUUCUGACAUGAACUGAACACAUAAAUGAAAACAUGCAAAUUUCACUGUUAGUGUGUACCCAUCAUAGCAACAGGUAGACAUUUUUACUGUUUUGAGAUUCUGUGAUCCUGUGCCUCAGUACUUGGCACAGUGAACUGUAGUUGGUUCUAGAAUGCCUGACUAAACAGCUUGUAGUUUGCCCUGAGUACAAGUAUUUUACUCUCUAUUACCCACGUUCUUUUAUUUUUUCAACCAGUGUUUGUAACCAGUUCUAACCCCAGCACUUGCAUGCUCACUUGCCAGGAUUGGUGUCAAGUUAAUGAAUGUAUUGUCCUGAGGGAAAGCUGGUUGUCAUCUGUAAGGCUGUUUAUUGGGCCAGCUGAAGAAAGUGUGGUAUGUAUCUUCAGCUUGGUGGAGAUUUUUUUGUUUGUCUAAUAAUGGGUCCACCAUUUGCACACACCAGUUAUAUUUUUAAUGUUUGACCAUUAAAAAUCCCUGCUUUUUC